AUUGAUGAAUCCAAGUUAUCACCACAAGAAUUGAAACUAUACAAAUUGUAUGGGAAAUUGCCUUCAAAAAACGAAGUGCUAUCACACAAAUUACAAGAACGUAAAUAUUUUGAUAGUGGAGAUUAUGCAUUAAAUCAAGCUGGUGUUAAAGAUAUAAAUACAAAGUUAUCAAACAAGCAUUUAAAUCCACAGGAAAUUCUGAGAAUUAAUAGAAAUUCAAUCAGUGGUACAAGCCCUGGGAAAUCAUCUUUAGAAAAUGAAGCUAAAUUAGAUGAAAGUACA